CUCUCCGCAUGUCGUGUUCCUAGGUUAAAGAUGCAGGCUUGGAAAAUGUUUUGUGUUUUUGUUUUCAUAUUGAUCUUAAAUAAAUCAUUUGGGCUAUUAUCUGAAUGUAAUUACUUCGAUACAAUAGAUAUUACCAAUGCCUUACUAGUGGAAAAUGAAUAUGUGUAUCAAGACAUCUUUAAACCUGUCAAUCAGACCGCAGAGUAUGACUUCAAAGUACUGCUGAACGGAAGCAAAGUGAAAGUGAAACCUCAUAGAAGAGCCUGUAUCUGUAAUCUGGAGAAAUGUGUUCGGUUAUGUUGCCCCCUCAAUAAUAUAUUACCCAAUGAUGAAUGUAAAGAUGAGGUUAACGAAUCUAUCUUGUCAAUUCUCAUACCGCAAACGAAUCCCAGAGAAGUGGUCAUCGUAAGAGAUUAUCCGUGCGAAGAGCUUCCUGAUCGCGGGCAGAUAUAUUAUAAGACAGACACUUUUCAAAUUCAUUUCUACAAAUUGAAAAUCUUGAAUUACGAAAUUGAAAUAUUUAAGCAUUCAUUGAUAGUUCAGCCGAAAUUGCCACCAGCGGUGCGAGAGAUCGCUGUUAUUUCGCUGAUAUGCUAUGUCCUAACUAUAGCUGUUUAUCUAUAUGUAAGGAAACUCCAGAAUCUGGUUGGGAAGUGCUUUAUAUUUAGCUUACUCUGCAUGUUUAUGAAAUGCCUAAUAUGGGUUCUGAAUGCUUGGAAUUUGUUAGAUGGAGUUAUUACUCUAGUUGGCUAUUUGGAUUACUUCUUCUGGAUGGCUUCUUUUCUUUGGUUUUUUGUCCUAAACCAUGUAUUCUGGGACAGUUUUGGUAGCGACCAAGCUAAGCCACACCGUUUCAGUUUUCUGACCUACUUCAUUUUUGUUUGGGACAAUGCGGCUGUCCUCACUGUAUUUUGUUAUGUCAUAAAUUACUUUUGGGGUACCGAAAUAUUUCACAAUACUCAGUAUUUUAUUCCAACCAAAAUGCCAGCAAUAAUAUUCUACUGCUAUGGAACGAUGUUAAUUACGGGCAUGAUUAACUUGAUUUUUAGUGUUCAGACGGGAAGGAUUCUUAGAAAGAAAAUGCUAGUUAUGAAUAAAGGGAACGUCCUGCACAAGUUCGCAAUAGACGUUAUAUGGCUGCGUUUAUUUACGAUCUUGGGAGUUACUUGGACCUUGGACUUAGUUCUUUGCAUAAUCCAGACUUUGGGUAUUUGGCCACAGGUCUUUUGGUUGGCCGACUACUUCCAUGCGGCCUUUGGAAUACCCGUUUUUGUGCUGUUGGUACUUAAGGAAAGUACUCUUGAAUGGCUUAAGGCGGAGAGUCUGGAUAAAAACAGGCAACGUCGACCCAGCUUCCAGAUGGCAGAAGAUUCUUGUUAAGUAAGAAAAAGAGAGAAAUUUGUU